UAGGUAUCGACUUCCUCACAUUCCGCGGCAGUUUCAAUUAAAGUAACGAUGCAAGCCGAAGAAACAACGCCCCUUUUAAAGGCCAACACGAUUUCCACUAACGGUCUAUCUGUGUUUUUUGCGGUCAUUUGUGUAGUAGAUGUGUUCGGAGUUUUUCCCGUUGUUGCUCUGCCGAAACCUAUUAUUGAUUGCGGUUUCUAUGGUAUCUUAGUUAUACUCAUCGUAUGUUCCGUCCAAGUCUACACGGCCGUACUGCUAGGAAAAUGCUGGAAUUUAGCGGAAGAAAUCAAUCCAACGAUUGUAAGAAAAAACCGAUAUCCUUAUUCAGCUUUGGCUGAAUUAACUUUUGGAAAAUAUUGGUCCUAUUGCGUGACCUUUUUAGUUGAUUUAACCGUGUUUGGUGGAGGUAUACCUAACUUGAUUCUCGCUGCUCAGAAUUUGGAACUUUUGGGACUCAGAAUAAGCAACGAUAGCUUUGACGUAUCAUUUUGUUAUUGGAUUAUCAUUUUGGGGACGAUAUUAUGUCCAGUACUAUGGCUUGGAAGCCCAAAGGAUAUGAAAGUUCUUUGCACCAUAUCGGUAAUAUUAGUUACAUCAGUAUACGUACUAACAUGUGGAUGCUUAAUUUUCACGUCACCGGAUGAAAUGCCUCAACCUGAAACAAGCCGUAAUUCUAGCACAGAACUUUGGAAACUAUUAAUGUCGGCUUAUGGAAUAGUUGCUUUUCAGUUCGAUAUUCAUCCCACUAUAUUGACUAUUCAAAUGGAUAUGGUUAACAAAACAAAGCUGUCUUACGCUAUUAUUGGGGGAUUUGGUGUGUCUUUAUUUAUGUUCGGAACAACAUCGAUAAUAACCGCUGUAAAAUAUGGCUCGACUAUCAAACCAAGUAUACUCGAGACACUUCCCACUUCAAUUUCGUUGCAUUUCGCUGCAACUUUGGUGGCAGUUCAGCUGUGCCUUACCUCGGCAGUUAGUAACAGCGCUUUGUAUCAACAUAUGGAGGACUGUUUGAACAUAUCUAGAGAGUUUAACCAUAAAAGAUGUAUACUCAGAACAAUCCUGACAAUAUUGGCGAUAGUGAUAGCAGAAUCAGUGCCAAGAUUCGACCUGGUGAUGUCACUUAUUGGGGGAACUUUAAUAGGACCAUUAGUUUUUGUUUUACCACCUCUUUUCUACCUGAAAGUUAAACGGAUGCAUAGGGAGUAUAUGGAACAGAUGGAGAAGGAGAGCUUUAGUAAUAUUGUCUUGAAUAAACCGAGGUCGAGCAGUCACAGGACAGAAUAUGAUAGAGACUUAGCAAAGUACUACGAGGCCAAAUUCAAAGAAGAAUUCCACAAUGAAAACUCACUAAGUCAAUGGGUGUGCAACAAAGAGGUGGAAAUCGCCAUAUGCUUAGUCAUAAUUAUCUCAAGCAUUGCCGCGACUUGUUGUACCACUUACCUGAACAUCAGCACUGCCGCUUUGUCUUAUACGAAUUGGUCCAAACCAUGCAUUUAUAACGUUUCCAAUGCCCUAUUAUAUUUGUAAAAUUAUUUAUUUCACAUUUAUAAAUACACUUAAAUACAUUAUUUCUUAAU